GGAUCGAUGAGGCACAACUACCAGGUGGCACCAGGCGUGAUGCGCUUCUCGGCUGCACGCAUGUACGCCAAUCGUGGAGCGUAUGCGAAGAAGCCGUUCCCGAGAAUCAAGAAGAAGAUCGAGCGUAAGCCGAGAUUCAUUGUGAAACCGGUCGGAGGCGACAAAAAUGGCCAAGAGCGUAAAGUGUACUUCAACAAAGGGGUAUGUGCACUCGUUUGGCGCAAAACCUCGCCAAAAUAUCUGAGAAAUGGUAGUGUACGUAAACGAGCAAGAAGGCCGGCAAAAAAGGUGCCACUGCGGUCAUCGAUUACUCCGGGCACGGUACUGAUCAUACUUGCUGGACGUCACAAGGGCAAACGCGUUAUCUUCUUGAAGCAGCUAAAAAAGACCGGAUUGCUGCUUGUCACAGAUCAUCCCUAUCGAAAGCUAUAG